AUUUGGAGAAUCCAAUAGUUUACUUAUUAAGCUUUGGGUCACUAUGGAUAAUAAGCUUUUUGUUAGAGUUCUAGUGAGUCUCUCUCUUCUUGCAUUUGUUUCUUGGGUGGCUAAUGGUGACACCAUAUCAUCUUGUACCCAAACACCAUACCCUGAUAUGUGUACUUCCUACAUAACCUCUAAUUCUCUAGUCACCUCAAAAGGUUUCCAUGAUGUGGUUCUAUCAAUCACCAUGAACCAAGCUCAGCUAGCCCAUAAUCACAUUUCAGCUAUGGACUUGAGCUCUUUCGACAAGCCAGCCAAGGCAGCAUGGGCCGACUGUGUGGAGCUCUAUAACAACACAGUUAGCCAGCUUAAUCGUGUAUUAUCAUCUAACCGUUGGGAAGAUACUCAAACAUGGCUUAGUGCAUCAGUUGCCAAUCACCAGACUUGCCAAAAUGGGUUUAUGGAGCUCAACAAAGCUUCAUUUAUAUCUUCCUUACCUCCCAUGUUGACUGAUUUCUCUAAGUUGCUCAGUAACUCUUUGGCUGUAAACAAACAGGCAGCUUCAGUAGUGUCUAGUAAACCAGGUGGUGGCAGACGCUUGCUUUCAGAUGGGUUCCCUUCAUGGGUCUCUGGUGCUGAUAGAAAGCUUCUCCAAUCAACAUCGGCAGCCUCACGAGCUAAUAUAGUGGUGGCUGCUGAUGGGUCUGGUAAUUGUAAGACCAUAUCUGAAGCUGUGUCUGCUUCAUCAAAGCUAAGUAGUGGGAGUUCAAGAUUUGUUAUAUAUGUGAAGAAGGGUACAUACCAAGAGAACGUUCACAUUACCCAGUCAAAUAUAAUGCUAAUAGGAGAUGGGAUUGAUGCCACCAUCGUUACUGGUAGUGAGAAUGUCAAAGAUGGUUCCACAACUUUCAGAUCGGCCACAGUCGGUGUUAUGGGUAACGGCUUCAUCGCCAUGGCCAUGACCUUCCAAAACACAGCUGGACCUCAAAAGAACCAAGCAGUAGCAUUCCGUUCAGGCUCAGACAAAUCAGUUUUCUAUCAGUGUAGCUUCAAAGGAUACCAAGACACCUUAUAUGUCUACUCCCAACGCCAAUUCUACCGCAACUGUGACAUCUAUGGCACCCAAGACUUCAUUUUCGGAGACGCCGCCGUCGUGCUCCAGAGCUGCAACAUCUAUGUGAGAAAGCCCAUGAGCAAUCAACAGAACUACGUGACAGCUCAAGGGCGAACUGAUCCGAAUGAGAACACCGGAAUAUCGAUCCAUGGUUGCAGAAUUACAGCCGCUUCAGACUUGAAAGCAGUACAGAGUUCGUUUAAGACUUACUUGGGACGGCCAUGGAUGAAAUACUCAAGAACUGUUGUCAUGACGAGUUACCUUGAUAGCUUGAUUGAUCCUGCGGGGUGGGCUCAAUGGAGUGGUAGUUUUGCUCUAAGCACUCUUUACUUUGGAGAGUACGGGAAUACUGGUUCUGGGUCUAGCAUUAGUGGUCGAGUGAAGUGGAAUGGCUAUCAUAUCAUGAGCUCCGCCGAUGCCCAGAAGUUCGCAGUUGCUAACUUCUUGGGUGUUUCUUGGAUUGCAGCAGCCGGAGUCCCUUACUCUUCCGGGAUAUAAGCGUAUUCCUUGUGUGACUCGAGACAUAAAUAUGUUAAAUAAGUCAUUUCUCACGUUGAAUGCAAUCGUACAGAUUUAGUCGUUUUGGAUUGAAUUAUCAUAUGACUUUGGCCAGCUUGUAAUUAGUAAUCCGUGUGUACUAUAUGUUCUUAUCAGUAAAGCUUGUUUUCUUAUUUUAUUUUA